AUGCCUGAAAAUCCGGUACACAGGUUCAUUGCUACUUUUGUGGUAAUGUGUGCUUCCCACUAUGUGGUCAAUAAGGGUGCUGUUGUCUUGAUCGAGUUCAUCAACAAGCUCUUAUCAAUUUACGAGCAGGAUUUCCAAUUGCCCGUGAGUCUUUCUGGCCCCCAAAGCAUGACAGGAUUCUCAGCCAUGACAAAAGGGAUUAAGAGAUUUGUUGUGUGUCAGGAUUGCCACAAGGUAUAUGAGGAAAGUGUACCUGCUCCUUUGAAUUGUGAUUUCGUAAAGCUUGGUGCACAUACCACCUGUAAUUGCAAAUUAAUGUUGUAUUGCCUUAGAUACUUUGAUCUAGUACAUGGAACGAUCAUUGAUCCCAUGCAUAAUCUUUUUCUGGGAACACCAAAGAGAAUGAUUGAAACAUGGACAAAAAUCAAGAAAAUGAAAAACAAUGAUCUGCUUGCAAUGCAGACAGUUGCAGCAACAAUGAUAUUGCCCAGCAACUAUACCAAGCUGAAAAUGAAGAUAGAAAAGGGCUUUUCUCACAUGAAAGCAGAUAAGUGGAAGUCUUGGGUAUUGGUGUACUCUCCCAUGCUUCUAAAACCAGUUCUUCCGUCCAAUAUGUUCAAUGGCUGGAUGCACUAUGUAAAAGCAUACCGUAUACUUGUAAAGCCGUCAAUCAGUUUCAUCGAAAUAGACCAAGCACACAGAUAUCUACAAGAAUUCUGUCAAUCUUGUGAAGAUACAUAUGAACCAAAAGUCCUCACCUGCAACAUGUACCUGCACCUCCAUCUUCAUGACACAAUUUGUGAUUUUGGACCCGUGUAUGGCUAUUGGCUCUUUGGUUUUGAGAGAUACAAUGGUUUGUUAAAGAAUAACAAGACAAACAGAAAAGACAGGUUUGAAACAACCUAUAUAACAAAAUUCACUGCAGACACAUACAAAGCUGAUUACGUACAAAAUACAUUAUCAUAUCCAAGCCUCAUUCCAUUCCUUUCUCUUUUCGAAAAACUUACCUCUACGACCGCACCUAUAACAACCUAUGCCACUUAUGCUCCAACCAACCAACAACCUUUCCAACUGCAACAAUUUGUAGACUCAUCCUUAAGUCGAGCAGCACCUAUCAAAGGCAAUGAACCACUUUUCCCGUCCACCUUUCCUUUACAGUCCUUAAAAGAAUCAACAAUGAGUGAUAUUGAUUAUUCUCAAUUGUUAGAUUAUUAUAAAAUCGUCUAUGUCAUGCCCAAUCUCAUUUCUUACCACGAUGUCAGAUUGUCACAAUAUUUUGUAAAUAACCGAAUCACAAAAUUGAAAUCAAUUGAUCUUCUUGGCCAAACAUAUAUUGGGAACAACAGUUCUGGUAAGCGUGGGUCACUCGUUCAAGCUUUCUUCCGUAGCAGCAAUGGCGAAACUUCAAGCCUAUAUACCGGAAAAAUUCAGUAUCUUUUUAUACAUUCAUUUACUCUGCCUCUUCAUCCAAACCACCAAGCAUCAACAUUACAUCAAGACCAGCAUGUUUUUGCAUACAUACGAUGGUAUAAUUUGACAAAUGACAAUGAACACAGAGAUGAAGGUAUUGCAAUCUGCUUGCCAGAAUUCUCCACUGAUAAUUAUCACAGCAUCUUGCCUGUACAUUGCAUACACUUAGAGGUUGCAACUGCUGUAGAUGUAACUGAUAUGAAUGAAGAAAGAAUAUUAGUCAUUCCUAUGCCAAAAAAAUACUAUGCCUGA